AAUGAUAGUAUACAACUGCAACUCCACCAAGUCUCCAACCAAAGUUGAAAAAAAAGGACAAAACCCAACAAAAACAUGAAGACUUCCACUUUAAAUUGCACCUCUCAAUUCAAACUCAAACUCAAACUCAAACUCAAACUCAAACAGUCAGAUCAUAUCAAAUCAAAUCAAAUUACAAAUCUCUUCAACCUCAUUGGUCAAUCAUCGCCCCCCUUUCUCCUAAUUUGAAAAAUUAACCAAACCCCAACACUUCAAAUACUUCGUUUUAAUUCAAAAAAAAAAGUCAAAUGGGAUCCGACAGACAACCUUAAUCUGAUCGUUUAACUGAGGAUGUCCCAAGCUGACGUCAAUUACAGCUGUGGAUCUUGUGGAUACCCGUUGAACUUAUCAUCUUCAAAUCGAAUCACCCCCAAUAUAAAUUCUGCAUUUCACAAAUCUAUAAAGAAAGGCUAUAUCUCCUUCGUCUCUGUCGACCUUAGCCGAUUCACUCAAGUUGAUGAGCUAAACUGCAUCCCUUUAUAUUGGGGCCGUCAUCGUUCGAAAACUAAGCUCCUUUGUCGUAAAUGUGGGGUUCAUAUAGGCUACGGUUAUGGAGAUUCUCCUGCUCUCUGUGGUUUUGACUCUCCAAGCUCGUCUAGCUCAGCUUACAAAAAAUUUGCCGUAAAGAUUCGGACUUUACAACCUUCUGAGGAUUGCCAAGAAAGUUAA